GACCCGCCGCGCCUCUUCAGUGUCACCUUGGCCCCGGCUGCUGCAGGUGACUGUCCGGCCCACAGGCAGGUACAAAGACAGGAAGGGAGUCGGGAAUCGGAAUCGGAGCGGGCCAACCAUGACGUCUCCGAAGAGCAAGACGUCUCCGAAGGCCAUCAAGUUCCUCUUCGGAGGCUUGGCCGGGAUGGGCGCUACAGUGUUCGUGCAGCCCUUGGACCUGGUGAAGAACCGCAUGCAGCUGAGUGGUCAGGGCACCAAGGCUCGAGAAUAUAAAACCAGCUUCCACGCACUCGCCUCCAUCUUGAAGAAUGAGGGCAUCGGGGGCAUCUACACUGGUCUGUCUGCAGGUUUGCUACGCCAAGCCACCUACACCACCACCCGACUUGGCAUCUAUACCAUCUUGUUCGAGAAGAUGACGUCGGCCGAUGGUCGCCCGCCAAACUUCUUCCUCAAGGCGCUGAUCGGGAUGACAGCUGGCGCAACAGGGGCGUUCGUGGGCACGCCGGCCGAAGUGGCUCUCAUCCGGAUGACGGCCGACGGGCGACUUCCCGCUGACCAGCGACGAGGGUACACCAACGUGUUUAACGCCCUGGCUCGGAUCAUGCGCGAAGAGGGCGUCACUACGCUGUGGAGGGGGUGCAUUCCCACCAUGGCCCGGGCGGUAGUGGUCAACGCCGCCCAGCUGGCAUCUUACUCACAGUCCAAACAGGCGCUGCUAGACUCGGGCUACUUUGGUGAUGACAUCCUGUGUCAUUUCUGCGCCAGUAUGAUCAGUGGCCUGGUCACCACGGCGGCGUCCAUGCCUGUCGACAUAGUGAAGACAAGGAUUCAGAAUAUGAGGAUGAUUGAUGGCAAACCCGAGUACAAAAACGGACUGGAGGUGCUGGUGCGCGUGGUGGGCAAGGAGGGCUUCUUUUCAUUGUGGAAAGGCUUCACGCCGUACUACGCUCGCCUCGGACCGCACACCGUGCUCACCUUCAUCUUCCUGGAGCAGAUGAACCGCCUGUACAAGACCCACGUGCUAGACCGCUAGCACACAUGGAGAGAGACGGACGCACACAUGCGCGCACACACACACACUCACAGGUGUUAUAAUUGUAUUCUUUUUGUAAAAAGAAAGGAACAAAUGAGGAUUUAGGUCAUGGAUUAGAGCUUUCUGUCACUUGCAAAAGUGACCAUGGUCACAGAUGCUGAAUAUGAUAAGCAGGGCCCCAUUAAAAACUUUGGGACAGUU